CUGCAGCAGCUGUCCGUGUCUCUGCCGCUGAGCCAUGCUGCGCUGCUUCACACGUACACUGCUGCUCAGCGCCUGGAUCCUGCGCGCGGCGGCCAGCCUUAAGGACAGCAGUGAAGGGAGGGCGGAGGUCCAGCCGGAAGAAGUGGCCCAGUGGUGGGGUGAAUGGAGCAGCUGGAGCACCUGCAGCUGGACCUGUGGAGGAGGGGUCCGCUCCCAGGAGCGCCAUUGUCUGCAGCAAAGGCUCACCACCACGCACAACAUCAACAGUUCCUUCUGCAUUGGAUCGCCCAAGCAGUACCAGCUGUGCACAAACCAGCCGUGCCCCAACAGCAGAAUCAGCUUCAAACAGCACCAGUGUUCCCAAUUCAACGCCAAAGCCUUCAGCAGGAAACAUUACGAGUGGGUUCCCCUCUACCCAGAUGAUUACAUCAGCAUUUCCAACAAGCCGUGUGACCUCCAGUGCACGACCACCACAGGGGAGAGGCAGCUUUUGGUUCCAGCUCGUGAUGGGACCUUCUGCAGGGACGGGGUCUAUAAAGGUGUCUGCAUCGAGGGCCAUUGCCAGGUGGUGGGAUGUGAUGGGAAAUUGUACUCCAGUAAAACUGUAGACAAAUGCGGCGUCUGCGGUGGAAGUGGAGACUCUUGUUACCGUGUCUCAGGAUCUUACCGGAAAGGGAUCACACAGUUAGGCUACGCGUUUGUGACCAAUAUACCUAUUGGAGCCACCGACAUCCAGAUCAUUGAGCGACGAAAGACUGAAAACAUAUUGGCUCUGUCUGAUGAAACUGGUCACUUCUUCUUCAAUGGAAACACAAUGAUCGACAACCCGCGAAACUUCCACAUAGCAGGGACAGUAUUUAAGUACAGGAGGCCGGCUAACCUCUUUUCAGACGGCUUUGAGUACAUCAUGGCCCAGGGUCCCACCCAGCACGGACUGAACGUCAUGUACUACAACCUCAACGGGAAGAUGCCUCACAUCACUUACGAAUACACAGUGCCUCGAAUCACAGAGGCUAGGACAGCCACCCCAGCCCCCUCCACCCUGGAGCAGCCUCAGCUGGGCAGUAUCAUGGCUGCCGCUCUCAAAGCCCCAACUGCUCCAGAGCCUGCGGCCAACGCGUCUUCUCCGAUUCUUCCCUUUUCCGGGAAUGAGAUUGAGGCUCGCGAGGAGUUACGAAAGAAAGGGAAUCAGAGCACUCAUGCUGCUUCUAAUGAGCGGAUCGAGGUGCAUGUGCAUCCAGAAGAUGUGCGGUGGGAGCUCCAGGCCCCUCACAACCUCAGUGACCCAGCAAGGGUCCUGCCCUUUAGACCGGCUGAGCUCCACAAUGAGCUGGAGAGCAGUGCUGGCGGCCAUGUGGCACAGGGCGGCUUUGGUUCAGACUCCAACCUCAUUGAAGGUGAUUCCUCCAGUCUGAAGAAUGACACACUAGCCGUUGGCCAGCCCGUGGUGAAGAGUCUACUCUAUGAGCUGCUGUCCCAGGCUGUGGGCCCUCAGCCACCUUGCCCGGACUCCUCAGCUCGCUCCGACUGUGCCAUCCUGAAGCUGAACUCCAGCUCCUCUCUGGAUAACAGCCUUGCUCUGGAGAUUUUUCAUGGCAGCCACGACCUGCACACUUCCGAAGGAGAGCUGGUGCUGGGGUCGCAUUCUGACUCUCAGUCCAACGACACCGCACACCACCACACUAACCUCCUUCAGCUCCACCAGGUGGAGCCAGUGCAGGUCCCUCACACUGAGAGUAAUGAGUUUGAGGUGGUGUCUCUCGACCAUGAUGUCAGUCUGGCUGAUAUGUACAGAUGGAAGGUAUCUGCGUACGCACCCUGCAGUUCAACAUGUACCACAGGUAUCAGCACCUCGUAUGCUUUGUGUGUGAAGUAUGAUGGCUCAGAGGUGGAUGAAAGUUACUGUGAUGCUUUGACUCGACCUGAGCCCACGCACGAGUUCUGCACAGGCAAAGAGUGCCCACCAAGGUGGGAGACGAGCCGCUGGAGUGAGUGUUCCCGGACGUGUGGUGAAGGCUUUCAGUUUCGGACGGUGCGCUGCUGGAAGAUGAUGGCUCCCGGCUUCGAUAGCUCAGUGUAUGAUGACCUGUGCCAUGGUGCAGAGCUGCAGAAGCCCAUGGCACGCAAAGCCUGCAAGAGCAAAUCAUGUGGACCUCAGUGGGAGGUGUCGGACUGGUCUGAGUGUUCAGCGCGCUGUGGAGGUCGUGGAGUGAGGAGCAGGGAGGUGCGCUGUUCCAUGGACACUCGGCUGUGUAAUGAAUCCACCCGUCCACUCAGCCAGAGGGAGUGUGAAGGGCCGCCCUGUGAUCGUAGGUGGACCGUCUCUGACUGGGGGCCUUGCUCAGGGCCGUGCGGAGAAGGCCGGAUGAUGCGGUACGUCGUCUGUAAGAGUGGGAAUGGUAAGGUGAUAUCAGACGGCCAGUGUGACCCGGACCUGAAGCCCCUGGCAGUGCAUCCCUGUGGAGACAGAGACUGCCCUGCCCACUGGGUGGAGCAGGAGUGGGAGAAGUGUAACGCCACGUGUGGGCGUGGAGUGAAGACUCGGCAGGUGGUGUGUGCGGGGCUCGAGGCCGGCGUGUUUAAGGAGUAUCCGGAGCACAUGUGUGCCAGCGCAGUGAUGCCUGAGCAGAGUGCUGCAUGCUUCGAGAGACCCUGUUCUAAAUGGUUCACCACAGCCUGGUCUCAGUGCAGUAAGACGUGUGGGAGUGGUGUGCGGGUGAGGGAGGUGAAGUGUUACCAGGGGGAGGAGAUCGGCCAUAGCUGUGACUCAGCGCUGAAGCCACAGGCCAGACAGAGCUGUGAAGUGCAGGCCUGUCCCACAGAGGCACCAGCGGAAGACGUUUGUCAGGACAAGGCGACGGCUAACUGUGCGCUGGUCCUGCGGGUGAAGCUGUGCACACACUGGUACUACAGAAAGGCCUGCUGUCUGUCCUGCAAGACGAAAGGCCAGUGAAGAUCUGCUGGACCCUAGCCGUGGCAUUCCACAGAAUGUGAACCCCCACCCCACAUACUGGGCGCACUGUAAACCCCCAAACUGCACCCCAACCUGUACUCCAAACUGCGUAAAGAAGGUGCUAUAAUAAAGGGUCCUGCUCCACAGGCUCCUACAGGCAGCUCCCAAGACUGGACUGCAGUCUCUGGUUCACUGGUAGAGAAGGCUCCGCAUGCUGGGUGCCACAUGCUGCCUUCAUGCACUGAAAAAAGUGAUGUGUUGACUUUACAUCGUUUCCACAUGAAUAAAAUACUUUACAUCAACAUCAUUUUGUCUCUCAGUGUGUUUACUUUUGGUAAUAGUCGUGUUGAUGUAAUUUAUUUUAUUGAUAUGGGAAUUACACAUUAGAAUCGAGUAAGUUUAAUGCAUCAGUUUUUCAGCAUUCUCAGUGUCUGGGGCAAUCUACUUUUGUUGUACUGUAUCUUUGAUUCUACUCACACAUACACACGUUUGGUUAUUUGUACAAAGUUUCCUUUUUUUGAUUUGAAUGUUUUGUGGUCACCUGUGAUAGAGAAAGUGAAAUAAAGUCGAUGUUGGUCUAGCUUUGGUGCUAACCUAUACACA